GAGGCGGGUCAUGUGAUCACUCCAGAGCGUGUAACGAUACUGUCACUACUGGAUCAUGGCCGUGGUCUGGCUGUUUUUAGCUUUAUUUGUAACACUUCACGCAGUAACUGCAGAGACAGAAGAUGAAAAUCAAUGUUCAUCGCCGCUGGGUAUGGAGUCUGGAUCUCUUACAAACAGGCAGAUAACAUCAAGUUCAGUAUUCAGUAUACAAAGGUCACCGUACUAUGCCAGAUUGAAUCGGAAUGAAGGUGGCGGUGGAUGGACAGCGGAAAUUGCAGACAGUGAGCAGUAUUUGACGAUUGAUCUGAAACAACAGACUGAGAUCACUGCCGUAGCAACACAGGGAAGAUAUGGCAGUACGGAAUGGGUCACACAAUACAGGCUGCAGUAUAGUGACAAUGGUGACAAAUGGUCUGAUUACACAGAAGGGGGAUCAAAAAAGAUUGAUCUGAAACAACAGACUGAGAUCACUGCCGUAGCAACACAGGGAAGAUAUGGCAGUACGGAAUGGGUCACACAAUACAGGCUUCAGUAUAGUGACAAUGGUGACAAAUGGUCUGAUUACACAGAAGGGGGGUCAAAAAAGACUUUUGAUGGAAAUACGGAUGCAAGGACAACUGUGAAGAAUGAAUUGACUUCUAUCAUUGCUCGAUAUAUUAGAUUUAAUCCAAGGGGAUAUAAUAAACAAAUGUCAAUGAGAGUGGAAAUCUAUGGAUGUCUACAUGAUGCCUACACAGCUACUUUUGAUGGUAGUAACUAUGCAAUCUACGAUGUAAGUCAACGGGAUAAGCAUUUAGCACUAGAUAAUAACAACGUCACGUUUAGAAUGAAAACGAAUCGUCCAAAUGGUGUUGUCAUGGCAUCCUCUGGUACACAAACUGAUUAUAUUGUUAUGGAAUUGAUAGAAGGAAGUCUGGUUGUACAUUUGAACUUAGUUAAUUACAGGGUGCUUUUUGAUUUCCGUUCCUAUGACAACGAUGGGUUAAUGUUUCACAAUGCUUUACAAGGUGGUGGGUCAAUCACAGUUGGUUUGAAUGAUGCGAGUCUGAGAGUAGAUGUCGUCCGGCCAAAUUUAACACCGGUGGAAAUAGAAGCAGGAAAUGAUUUGAACGAUGGCCAGUGGAACUCUAUCAGAGUGGAAAUCAGUAACAACUAUGCACAGAUAAAGAUAAACGGCAGAGAAUGGAAUACGGACAGACUUAUAGCUAUACAGACGACAACACAAUACUACAUUGGUGGAACACCGAGUGAUGUAAUGGAUGAGAGCGGUUUCCGUGGUUGCAUGAAAGAUAUUUACAUUGGACCUACUUCAAUUGAUUUAUUGGCCUUGCAUGAGAAUCCUGAUAACAUUUUAAUGCUGGAUAUUAACAUUGAUACAUGCUCCAUUGUUGACAGGUGUAAUCCUGAUCCAUGUGAGCAUGGGGGUAAAUGUUACCAACAUUGGGAGGAUUUCAUCUGUGAUUGUUCAACUACGGGAUAUGGUGGAGCGACUUGCCAUACUUCACAAUAUGAACGUUCUUGUGAGGUUUAUAAACAACUAGGAAGAAACAGCGGAUCAUAUUUUAUUGAUCCAGAUUUGAGUGGUCCAUUAGCUCCGUUCCAAGUUUACUGUGAUAUGGAAGAUAUUCAAGAGUUAGCCACUGUCGAGGUUAGCCAUGACAGUGAAGAGCGUACCCAAGUUAAAAACUUUGGUCCUGCUGGCUCCUAUCGGCGUACUAUAGACUAUUACAAAAUUAGUAUGGAACAGCUUGGUGCUAUGAUUGACAACUCUGAAAGCUGUUCCCAGUCUAUUAAAUAUGAAUGUAGAAACUCGAGGUUACUGAACUCGCCACUUGAAAAUGAGGAUGAUAAACCUUAUGGAUGGUGGGUUAGUCGUAACAAUGAUAAUAUGCACUAUUGGGGUGGAGCUGGUCCUGGUACAAGAAAGUGUGCCUGUGGAAUUGAACUUACCUGUGCUAGCUCCGAUAAAUGGUGUAAUUGUGAUAUCCGUGACAACUCAAACAGGGAAGAUGAGGGCGAGCUCAUUGAUAAAGAAUAUCUACCUGUUCAGGAAUUGCGAUUUGGAGAUACCCUUGGAGCUAGCUCCGAAGGCUAUCAUACUUUGGGAAAAUUGACAUGUCGUGGUGAUCUAACCUUGAAAAAUGAAGCAACUUUCCGCAGUGAGCAGGCUCAUAUGCGUUUCCCACUAUUCACUGGCAGUCAGUCUGGGUCUGCGUCAUUCGAAUUUAAAACCACUGCCGACAGCGGUGUUUUCUUGUACAAUAGAGGACAGCAAGAUUACAUCAGAGUAGAACUUUUGUCACCUAAUGUUGUUAUGUUCACUUACAACGUUGGCAACGGACGCGUCAUUGUGAAAAGUACAAAUGACAACAAUAAGUACAAUGACAAUGAGUGGCAUCUUAUUAAAGUUUCCCGUAAUCGUAAAGAAGCAGUCUUGCAGGUUGAUAACGAAAGUCCUGUUGUUGUGCAGGCUCAAAAAGGACACUAUCUUCUCAACCUUCAAGGAGAUCUCUAUGUUGGUUCAACUGAUAUCAGCACCGAUGGAUUUGUUGGGUGUAUGCGAGCGUUGGUUGUGAACGGCGAAGUUAUGGAUUUGGCUGGCAAAGCUGCUGUCACUUAUGGAGUGAGCCCUGGAUGUGUAGGACGUUGCGACAGUAAUCCAUGUUAUAAUGGAGGUUCCUGUAACGAGGAGUAUUCCAGCUUUGAAUGUAACUGUACAGAAACUGCAUUUGCCGGACCAUUGUGUGCUACAGGUAACAUUGUUGUGACAUUCAACUUUGGAGGUGGAGAUAAAGAAAAAAUUGACGAACAAGAUUACGCCGAUGGACAACACCAUGAUUUGAGAGUCACUCGAGAUGGAAGCCAAUUAACGAUUCAAGUUGACACAUAUGGUGUAAUAUCUGAACUUUAUGAUUUAACAGAAAUUCAGUUAAAUUCUCCUGGAACUCUGUUUAUUGGUAAUUUUGGUAAGUGA